CUUCUUUCUAGUAUUCUAUCGAUAUACCGAGAAACUAGUGGGGCUAUUCUUACAUCGCAUUGAUACACAAUACCCUCAACCGUCUUUAGGGGGAAGAGUCCGAUUCUCGGUCACGCGCGUCGCGCUCAAUUCGCCAUCAUGGCCGACUACAAUAGUUGGAAGGUCGCUGAUCUGAAAGCGGAAUUGAAACGACGCGGUAUUCCUCAGACUCGCCUCCGAUUGAAACAACAGAUUAUUGACAGAUUACUGGAGUCCGACGCAUCUGGACAAAACGAGAAUGUCGCUGAAAAAGUGGCAAGUGAAGGUGUUCCUGAGGCCGAAAAUGAAGUGACCGUAACAUCAUCCCCAAAAGAAGCCACAAAACAAAAAGAGCCGUCCCCGGAACAGACUCGACCGGCAGCUGAGCCUGUGCCUUCCGACUCCGGUGAUGCCGCGUGUGCACCCAUUCCAGAACCAUCGCAGCCACCCCAAGAGGAGCCCCAGGAGCAGCCCCAAGAUGUGACCAUGGGAGAGGUCGCUCCGCCCUUAAACGACCAGCCAGAUCUUGAACCUGCUUCCCGGGAGCCGGUGGCAGUAAAGGACCGAGAGGAAGUGUCUGGUCUUGAGAAAGAACCAGCGAAACUGCCGGAGCCCCCCGAGACAGAGUCUACUCAACCCUCCGAUGAACGUCCAUCCCAAGCCCCUUCGACCGAAAAGGACAUUCAAAAAGAAGAGAUAGAUGAUUCGAAAAAAAGAAAGCGUCGCAGCCAAAGCCCACCCCCAUCUCCGAGAAGCGCCGCCCAGAAGAGAGCUAGAGCAGAAGAUGGCCAUCCUCGCGUUAUCCUGCAGGAAGACCUGUCUUCGGUUGAGAAAAAUGAAAGCCCGGAUGAGCUCAUAACCGCUACACAGCGCCCAGCGGCGCCAGAAGCAAUGGAAAUUGAUACUUUAGAGACGCAUAGGGAGACUUCAACCAAGGAGGAUGCUACCAAGGUCGACGACCUACAAGCGCAACCAAAAAUAGGCCAAGAAUCAAGAGAGAGUCCUAAACCGGAGCCCCCGAAAGACGAUAGCCAUUCAGUUCCCGAGGACUCCAGUACUAAGGAAGAUGAUGAAGAGAGCAAGAAGGCAGAACGGAAAGAGGAGCCUGUACCUCAGGAGCAUGGGCCAUUGCAAAAGCAAGACGAAGAAAUAGCCGCAACGAAAAAGCCUGCUGGUGACGCUCGUUUUAAGGGUUUGUUCUCUGCGAACGGACUUCCGGGUCGUCGCGAGUCCCCACCACCUGCCGAAGAUGAAGAGCGCGUUGUCGCUCCAGCGCUCCAUCCGGCCACGACUUCUUUGUACAUUCGCGAUUUUAUGCGUCCCCUGCAACCUGCAAAUCUCAAGAGACAUCUCGCCGCUUUGGCCACACCGCCUGAUUCGACUCCUAAUCCAGACAUUAUCCUUGAUUUUUUCCUUGACUCGAUUAAAACUCACUGCUUCGUUACCUUUGCCAAUGUCGCCGCUGCUUCCCGCGUUCGAACAGCACUGCAUGCCACCAUUUGGCCCGAGGAGCGAACACGGAAGCCAUUGUGGGUUGAUUUCGUUCCGGAGGAGAAGGUGAAAGAAUGGAUUGAGAUCGAACAAGCCGGGAAUAACCGACGUGACGCUCACCGCUGGGAAGUGAUAUAUGAAGACCGGGAAGAUGGGACCAUUGCUGUCCUUCAGGAGGCAGUUUCAAACACGGCUCGCAACCGUAAUCAGUCGUUUAACCUUGGGAGAGAACCACCCACGGGACCACGAGCUGAGAGACCCUUCGGUCGAGGCAGUCUGCAAGCUGGACCACCAUCCAACCUCCCCGCCAGUGGCUUCAAAGCCCUCGACGAUCGAUUCCUAUCCACGUCAGCCAAGCCUAAACUAUAUUACCUUCCGGUCUCCAGGGAGGCGUCAGAUAAGCGUUUGGACAAAUUUGACGAUCUUGCUCGUGCAGGGCCUACUCGCCGACCGGGUGGUGAUGAGAUGCGUCGAUUUACGUUUGAAGAUGAUGACUUCUUCGUUGACCAAGGCCCCGAAUAUGGCUCCCGUCGAGGCCGCGCCCCAAGGGGGCGAGGAGGCGGUGCAUUCGCUGAAUGGGGAGGCAGCUGGCGUGGUAGAAGAUGUUGCAAUUUGGAAAGCUCUGUUGUUGCUUGA